CGUCGAUCAAACGGGAGUGCAUGAACUGCGCAUGUGCAUGACCGAGCUGUAUCGGAAGCACAAAUCGGGCUUAACCAGGGGGUUCACAUCAACAAAAACGAAAAUAAAAGAGUCAUGUCAGGUUUUCUGGACGGAAUCCGGUGCGGAGACUGCGAGUGCAAUGUGGACUGGGGGGAGAGAAGAAACGCCAUCGCUUCUGUAGCUGCUGGAGUUCUGUUCUUCACUGGUUGGUGGAUCAUCAUUGAUGCAGCAGUGAAAUAUCCUGAAGAGGGGGAGUUUCAUCAUGCCUACCACACCUGUGGAGUCAUCGCUACAGUGGCCUUUCUCAUGAUCAAUGCUGUUUCCAACGGCCAGGUGAGAGGGGACAGCUAUAGUGAAGGCUGCAUCGGACAGACAGGCGCUCGAGUUUGGCUCUUCAUCGGCUUCAUGCUGGCGUUUGGCUCCCUCAUCGCCUCUAUGUGGAUCCUGUUCGGAGGAUUCGUAGUUCCUCGUAAGUCGCAACGUGCACCAAUUGCAGAAAAAAGAGAGAAGCCAGUAUGAUGCAAUAACUUAAAU